AUGUCCGACACUACCAAGUCUCCUGUUCCCGGCGCUGCCGCAGAGGGCCCCAAGUUCACCGAGCGUGAGCUCCAGCUUCUCGGCUGGGCCAUGCAGUCCCUCAAGUCAGGCCCUCCUGAGAUCGACAACGAGAAGCUCGCCGCUUUCGCGGGCAUGUCUAAUCCCCGCUCUGCCAGCAACGCCUGGGCGAACAUCAAGAAGAAGCUGAUGAUGCCCAGCGACGGCAGCGCACCGCCAACUCCCAAGAAGGCUGCUGGGCGCAAGAAGAAGGACGAGGCCGGCGAGGACGGCGAGGACACACCCAAGAAGACUCAUCGCAAGCGCGCCAACCAGGAGCCCGAGGACGGCGACGCUUCACCCAAGAAGAAGGGUCGCCCUGCUAGGCCCAAGCCUAAGCAGGAGCCCGAGGAGGAGACUUGUAAGUAG